UUGACAGAGCUCGUCCAGUGCAACACAGCAUCUCUGCAUUUUGCACCAGAAACUAGACUGUUUUUUAAAAGAGGAGUCCCUCGCAUUUCACAUUCAUCAUGGGGAAAGUUGAAGGCGGAAUGAAGUGCGUGAAAUAUCUCCUCUUCGUAUUUAACUUUAUAUUUUGGUUGAUGGGAUCACUGGUACUUGCUGUGGGUCUGUGGCUGAGACUAGAUCCAAAUACCACUUCUCUGCUGGGAGAAGGUGGUCCUGAUACCUUCUUUAUCGGUGUCUAUAUUCUCAUCGCGGCCGGUGGUUUAAUGAUGCUGGUGGGCUUCUUCGGAUGCUGUGGUGCCGUGAGGGAGUCCCAGUGCCUUCUUGGAUUGUUUUUCACCUGUCUUCUCAUCAUCUUUGGAUCAGAAGUUGCAGCAGGAGUGUUUGGUUUCUUCAACAAAGACAAGAUAAUUGAAGAGAUAAAAACGUUCUAUAAUGAAGAAGCAGGAAAAAACUAUGAUACAACAGUCCAAUCCUACCACAGCAUUUUGAACUGCUGUGGCUCACCUUCAGUAAACCCCACUGUGUGCCAAGACGUUGUAUCAAACCAGACAUGUGAUGUGGCCAUUGAGGUGUUUUUUAACAGUAAGCUCUUCAUCGUGGGAUACGUGGGAAUUGGAAUUGCAGGAGUCAUGAUUAUUGGCAUGAUCUUCAGUAUGGUUCUGUGCUGUGCAAUCCGGAACAGCAGGGAGGUCAUCUAAAGCACUCCGGCUCACCUUUGACACUUAACCUCUGCUGGACUUUACAACUAUAGCUCUUCAACCAUUUACAAAGUGCUCUGUUCCCACCUGGCAAACUCAGAAAACUUGCUCCACUUCUCUAUAACUCCCAGUAGUUGGUCCAGCCCAUAUUUCUUUUACUUAAUCACAUUGCUGGAUUAUCUUUAUUUAAUGCCUGCUGGUUAGGUGAGUAGCUGGAUCUUUCAUAUGCAACAAAUAUAAUGCACCUUUGGAUAUUCCUGAAAUUAUUAAUAUAAUUUGUAUUUAAAUUUCAUACACACUGUUCACCUCUCUCUCCAAACCAAGAGCUUUGCAGUGCUAUUCUUAGAUGUUGCUGCAUGGCUUCACCUGCUAGAUAAAAAUAUUAUGUAAUGUGAAGCCAGGCAUACCCAUGGCCAGUAAGAUGGUUGAUAAAAAGACAGCUCUGACUCAGAGACGCCAUUUCAAUUAGUUUACGAAGGACUUAUGAACUUACACAUUAGAAGAAACUUUGUAUCAUUGUUAUGUGAAGACCAUAUCAUCUAGUAAGAUUACCCCAAAAAAAUGUAUUCUGUCAACAUUUGAUGACAGAAUUUUCCUUUUUUGGGUUAAUUAUCCUUUGAAGUACUGUUUCGCCUAUGAAUUUAUCCAUAAUCAAAAUAAAUUGAAGGAAACCGAUCGCUCUAACACACAUUGCCAGCUCGGCUUUGUUUUGCAUUGGAAUGCCAAUACCUCACCAGCAAGAUGAUGUUUCUGUUAUGCAACAGCUGAGCUCAUCUGCAGCCAACACUGAUGGUGGUGCACCAAGGGCUUGGAGUCAAACCUCCUCAUUCACAUGGUGGACAUUUGGGUGUAGAGUUGCCUUGUCAUUUCACAUAAAAAGCUCAGUAAAGACUCAACACACUUUCCCUGUCACCCCUCACCCCUCACCCCCUCACAACCACCAAAACAAAAACAACGGCUCUCUUUAAACUUACACCUGCAUUAAACAGCCUAUUAUAGUCUUUUCAGCUAAAUGUAAAGAGUAAAACAAUUAUUGGGUGUGAAACGAUUCAUGACACAACAAAAAUGGAAAAGGUAGAGAACAACUUCUCAAAUACUUUCCACCCCUGUUUGACAUGAAAUUUCAAGCUGUAUCAGUAAUGUCUUGCGUUUUUUUUUUUUAUUAUUAUAGUGGAAUAUGCACGCCGUUUUUAUAAUCUCCUGAUUGAGAUACUGCAUGUAGUAUUUGUGCUUUUAAAGAGUCGUUUGUCACACCACAAGACUUUUUAAGUGAACUGCAAAAAAGGAUGAUAAAGAAUUGUGAAAAACCUAAAAGAAAUGGCAACCAGUUACAUCACCUACUUCCUUUGAAUCAUAACCUAAAGUACGGAUGUUGAAUUAAAGGUAAUGAAAAUGUUUGUCGUUGACUACCUUUAAAGGGAUAGUUCACCCAAAAAUUAAAAUUCUCUCAUCAUUUACUCACCCUCAUGCCAUCUCAGAUGUGUAUGACUUCCUUUCUUCUGCUGAACACAACCGAAGAUUUUUAGAAGAAUUUCUCAGCUCUUUUGGUGCAUACAAUGCAAAUGACACAAAAACACAAAAUUUUGAAGCUCCAAAAUUCACAUACAUCAAAAUUAAAGUAAUCCAUAAGAUUCCAGUGGUUAAAUCAAUGUCUUUAGGUGUGAUAUAAUAGAUGUGGGUUAGAAACAGAUAUCAACAUUCUUCAUGUAUAUCGCCCCCCUCUUGGCAGGGAGAAGAAUUUCAAGCAAAAUACUGAUCUGUUUCUAAAUCACACCUAUCAUAACACUUCUGAAAAUAUCGUAUGGUAUGGAUUACUUUUAUGCUGUGUUUAUUUGCUUAUUAGAGCAUUAACAUUUUGGCACCCAUUCACUUGCAUUGUAUGGACCUACAGAACUUAAAUAUCCUUCUAAAAAUCGUAAUUUUUGUUCUUCAGAAGAAAGCAAGUCAUACACAUCUGGGAUGACAUGAGGAUGAAUAAAUGAUGAGAGAAUUGUCAUUUUUGGGUGAACUAUCCCUUUAACUUCAACAUUGCCACGUAGCUUUACUGAAUUUAUUUGAACUUAGAUCAGUUCUGAAGUACUUCUUUAGAAAGACUUAAAAGGUCAGUCUUUUAAAAGAACACUGUAAAUAUCUGUUAGAGUUUGUCAUUGUAGGUUUUGUUUUCAUGAAGAUCUGUAUUGUGCAGCUUGUGGCCAGUGUACAGUAAAUGUUGUUAAAUUAUAUUUAGCAGGGAUUCUGACAUUAAGGUGCCUUUUAUAUUAUUUAAGAUGGCGUAGAGGUAUAAUCCACUCUCAAAAAAAAACAUCUAUCAUCAAUUACUCAACAUGAUGUCAUUCUAAACACGUUCUGACUAUUUUCGAUGGAACACAAAAGAUGCUGGGAAGAAUGACAGCCUGAGUCACAUUUCAUUUUUAUUGCAUGCAAAAAAGAUGCAAAGACAAUGCAUUGUAACGGACUGGACAUCCUGCCUACUGUAAAAUCUCCCUUUGUGUCCUGCUUAAAAGUCACGUGUGUUUGGAACGAUGUGAUUGGGAGUAAAUAAUCACAGUAUUUGUUAUUUAUAUUUUUUUUUUGAUGAAAUAUCACUUAAGUAUUUUAUUUAAAUCUAUUUCAAAAGGUUUUAACAAGGGACAAAAUAUAUAUCUUUUUUUUGUAUAGUUGUACUUCCGUCAGUUGGUUGUCAGAAAUAUUUCUGCUGGUGCAUCACUGCUGAAGGUCCUCGAGUUGAAGUGGCAUUAGAGUAGCAAUUUGAAUAAACCGUAGUCACUGCUAAAGAAGCGUAACACAUGAAACUGUUACAACUUUCUUUUAAGUGUUCUGUUCACUUGUAAUGUUGAUGUAGAUCUGUAUUGUCUUUUUACCUAAAAAGCAACCCAAUUAAAUUGUGGUUGAUCAGAUUGUAAAAUAAUAAGUGUGGAAUGUGUAGUCGUGGCAUUGGAGUAGGGGCUCUGUUGUAAACAUUUUUUGUGUAUUAUUCCUACAGUUUGUGUAGACAAUGUAGAGAUGUUUUUGUACUGUAAACAUAAAUAACACUGCAGCUCUUUUGAUGUUGUUCAUAAAUUGUAUUUAAUUUAUUUUUUGGAGUCAAGUCAAAACAGCAUUCUCAGGAAUAUUGCUGCAUGAGAACAAAUAAACAUUUUUGA